AUGCUGUCUGACCAUGGUCACCUGAGGAAUUUGCUGAUUCCGCCCGACUCCUUCCAUGACUUUUGCACACCAGACAAGCUGACAGGUACACGGUACUGGCCAAAGAUGCUGUGCGAUGAGGACGGCCUGAACUGCUUGUUGGGAAGUAGCGGUGGUCCCGGCGAAGGCUGUACAAACGGCCAGUACGAUCAAUGCGCCCCACCCAUUGACACCAAAUUCGAGGAGCAUGCAACCACUAUGCAGCCGCUUACAGAGAAGCAGAUGUGGCACACCAUUAAGCAGCUGUCCAAUAAGGCACCGGGUUUGGAUGGCAUUGGCUUUGAUUUCCUCAAGGCCCUGCCCUAUGCUGCAAUGAGAGAUCUGGUCCAGAUGUACCACAAGAUUGAAGCUGAGGCCAUGAAGAAGACGGUGAUUUCGGCGCUCUUGGACGCGGCCAAUUUCUAUGACAGGAUCAACUUGCAGAAAUUGGCGGAGCGGUGGCUGGUGUCAAAUUACCCAGGCACCCAUGCAGCUUUUGCUAUGCGGCGCCAGGAUCCUGGAGGCCAAAAGGGCCACAGAGCUGCGCAGUGGAGCUUGGUCGGACGUGGCCGUGGUCACCUGAAAGAAAAAAACCUCCGGAAGCCCAAGUGUGGAGCCGCGAAUGAAGACGAAGGUCCUCCCAAGAUGAGAUACUCCUCGUGGCUUUACCGGAGCUCCAGUCCACCAUCGCCCUCCACCACGAAGAGAGCUGAAGAAAGAGAGCUGGGAGUUGCACUCAAAGCUGCGCGCUGGGCAUUCCGCACAGGGAUGCUGAAUUUUGUGAAAAGGCUUGGCGGGAAAAGUGCCACGCUGCUGGCGGAGUGCGCUUUGCCAUAUGCACUCUGUAUUGUAAACGUUUAUGUUAACAAGUAUAUCACAGCUGGUUACACCUCGGACCCGCGUGGGCUCAGGCAAGUGCUCGGCGAGUUCAGGCAACACUUGAGCUUUGUUGGCUACAACUUGGGCAAGAAUAAUGAGGACCUGCAACACUGA